AAACGGGUGGGGGGUCCUGAUCUUGGAGACCCAAACGAAGGUGGGCUUCCGGGCAGAGAUGGCCCUGCAGAGCCAGAUGUGGUCUCCGGCCACACCCACGCCCAUGGCCGAGAGCUCCCUCUACCGGCAGCGGCUAGAGGUCAUUGCUGAGAAGCGGCGGCUGCAGGAGGAGAUCCGCGCCGCGCGCCGGGAGCUGGAAGAGGAGAAACUCCGCGUGGAGCGGCUCAAGAGGAAGUCUCUCCGGGAGCGUUGGCUCAUGGACGGGGCAGCUGAGGAGCCGGAGCAGCAGGAGGACUCCACCUCUAAAGACCCCCAGUCACCUGAGGGCCAGGCUCAGGCCCGAAUCCGCAACUUGGAAGACAGCUUGUUCACACUCCAAUCCCAGCUGCAGCUGUUGCAAAGUGCAUCCACAGGUGCCCAGCACAAGUCCCCCGGCAGGCCCACCUGGCGCAGACAGGGUCAUCGACCUCUCUCCCAGCCUACCGUGGAGGCAGGUCCCACAGGCCACACUGAUCUGAGCAGGAGAGCCUCCCUUCCAGCUGGACCAGUGGACACCUCCCCAGAGUCCCCCUCUGAGCCCAGAGAUGAGGCUGUCAGGGUUCCACCCACCCUGAGGCUGUUCCCUGGGGCAGCAGGGGCCUCCUCAGAAGCCAACGGCCCCUGCCCUGGACCCAGCCCCGCUGCAGAACAGGGGCCGAGUCAGGGGCUGGCAGCAUCUGAGGGGGGCGUGGGUGAGGCCAAAGGAGGGGGCGUGGUGGAGGUGGUAUGGGAGGGGCUGAGGGCCACAGAGGACUGUGCCACGGAGGCCACGGGCCCAGAGCUGGAGGCUAAGGUAGAGGAAAUGGUGCUGGAGGCCAUUGGGGACAGGCAGGAAGCUGCCUGCCCAGAGCCCCCGUCCUGGGUGAAGGAGGACAGGGGCAUCGUGGAGGUGGUCUGGGAGGGGGUGGGAGGGCCGGAGAGCAGCGACUCCGAGGCCACAGGGGAGGGGGGCAGGGGCCAGAAGGCCGCACAGACCAGCUCCCCGAGGCUCCAGGUGAGGCUAGAGGGAGCAGCUCCUGGAGAAGGCGGCGUCCCCAGGGGCAGCUCUGACGGUGAUGGGCCAGGGGGCUCUGGAGGAGAGGAGGGGUCCUUCAUUUGGGUGGAGAGGGUGACCCUCAGCGAAGAGUGGGAGGAGCUGGGGGAGGAGCUGGUCGUGGAGGGGUUGGAAGGGCCAAGGGCACGGGGAAGCGGGGGAGGGCCUGAGAGUCCGCUGGGGGUGGAGAGGGGGGCAGGGGAGGAUGCCUGGGGGGCGGGAAGGAGCCAAGCAGAGGAACCGGUGGAGUCAGUGGGCGAAGGAAAGAAGGGGACUGAGGAAGAGGCAGGGGCAGACGUGUCUCUGGUGGGGGAGAGGGGGGGAAGCGAGGGCUCUUUGGAGCCAGAGAGGGGAGGAGGGGAGGAAGAGCUGAGGCCAGAGAGGAAAGCAGUUGAGGAACCACCGUCAGCCGCAAGAAAGGCAGUUGAGGGACCUUUGAGGGCAGAGAGGGAAAGAGGUGAGGGGCCAUUGCGAGUAGAGCAGAAAGAAGAUGAAGAAAAACUAGAGGCGACUGAAGAACCAUUGGUGACAGAGGGAGAGGAAGGCGAGAAAUCACUGGAGGCAGAGAAAGGAGGAGGUGAGGCGCCAUCGGAGGCAGAGAGAACAGGAGGGGAGGCACCACUGGUGGCAGAGAGAACAGGUGAGGCACUAUUGGGAGCUGAGGAAGGAGGUGAGGCGCCAUCGGAGGCAGAGAGAGGAGGGGAGGCGCCACUGGGGGCAGAGAAGACUGACGUGGUUGAAGAAGAUCUGAGUCCAGAAGAGCAGAGAGAGUCCGGAGGAGGAAAGGAAUGUCAGGCAGAGGAGGUGAGUGAGGCAGGGGCUUCCUUGGGGGCCAAGGAAGAGUCAAGGCCGGAAGAGGAAGGACCACAGCCCCAGGAGAAGCAGGAAGGCUCCCUGGAGGAAGAAUCUGUAAGGCCCCAAACCCCUGCUGAGGGCCAGGGCCCCUCAGGAGAUGCCACCACCCCCCUCCUGGCAGAGACCCCAGCUCCAGAGCAGCCUGCCGAGUGCCAGCCACUGCUUCAGGUGGAAGGGCCCAGGGCCAACCCUAGUGCCCGCCCCGUGCCCACCUAUGCACCUGCCCGGCAGCCCGAGCCACCUGCCCCUCCCGAGGGUGAAGAGGCAAGUGGCCCUAAGCAAAAGACGUGCCAGUGUUGUGUGGUCAUGUAAGCCCACACCCUCCACCCCACGCCCGGCUCCUCUCACAGCUACCUCGGCCUCUUGGCAUCCAGCAGCGGGUCCCGGGCACAGACAGGGCACCACGGGACCGGCUGUGGCACCUGGGAGCCAGCUGGCCCGCUCGUCCACCUCCACCUGGGCUUCCGGACCCCUCGCCCACUGCCUGUGACCCCGGCUCCCUUCUACGACAAAGCCUUUAUACUUGAAAAUAAAAACG